GUCGCUAAAAUCGCAAUCUGUGGAAAUGUCAAUCAUCAGAAAUAACACAAUAAUAAUGGAGGCCUGUAAUGCUGUUGAACGUGAAGUGGACAAAGUUUUAUCGAAAUUUGGUGCUAUAAAUGAACAUGCUGAGACAGUGUUACGUGAUUUAAUAAAUCAUAUUCAAUCCUUGAAAAAAGAUCUAGAAGAAGCACCAUCUAAUCAGGAAUUAACAACUAGUCAAGUUCAAGUGUUAAAACAAGCGAUGACAAAAGUACGUGAUACUGUACAAAGAUUGGCAACGGAUCAUCGUGAUUUGCAUAGUACAGUAUCCAAAGUGGGUAAGGCAAUAGAUAGAAAUUUCAUUGCCGAUUUUGCAAGUACUAGCAGAGAAGAUGUAUUUUCUGGACCCGAGAAAUCUCAUCUUCUGAAUCAAGUAAUUUGUCAACAUUUUUAUCGUCAAGGAAUGUUAGACAUUGCUGAUGAAUUAGCAGCAGAAGCAGGAAUUAAAACUGACGAGGGUAGAAAAGAACCUUUCACAGAAUUAAACUAUAUACUAGAUUGUUUAAAACAGAAAAAUCUCGAACCAGCGUUAGAGUGGGCUAAAAAACAUAGAGAAGCACUUUUGGCACAGAAUUCUUCUCUCGAGUUUAAAUUACACAGAUUACAUUUUAUAAGAUUAGUUCAACAAGGUCCUAGCAAACAAAGGGAAGCGAUACUAUAUGCUCGUCAAAAUCUCACACAGUUUGUCGGACGUUACGAGAAAGAAGUACAAUCUUUAAUGGGAACGUUGCUUUACUUGCCACAUGGAAUUCAAUCGUCCCCUUACAGUCACUUAUUAGAUCCAACUUUAUGGCUCGAAAUACAUGACGUUUUCACCAAGGAAGCAUGCACGUUAUUGGGCUUAAGCGUUGACAGCCCCCUUUCUGUUUGUAUCAAUGCAGGAUGCACCGCGCUCCCUGCGCUGUUAAACAUUAAACAAGUCAUGCAACAGAGACAAGUAACUGGCAUCUGGAAUGGUAAAGAUGAAUUACCUAUCGAAAUUGACUUGGGAAAGCAAAGUCGUUAUCAUUCAGUCUUUGCUUGUCCCAUUCUUAGGCAACAAAGCACAGAGAACAAUCCGCCGAUGAAGUUAGUUUGUGGUCACGUCAUUUCCCGAGACGCAUUGAACAAACUCACUAGCGCGAAUAAAAAUCAAUUUGUUUCCAGGUUGAAAUGCCCUUACUGUCCAGUGGAACAGAAUCCCGAAGAUGCAAGACUUAUUUACUUUUAAGCUGUGAUAUAUCACGUACGCAUAUAGUAAUAUAUACAUAUAUAUAUAUGUGUGUAUAGAAAUUAUACACAUGUAAGAAAAUAAGAAAAUUAGUUUUGCAGUUUCUUUGUAAUGGAUUAUAUUGAAUGGAAAAGAAUAAUACACAUAAUUAUAUGCAAUGAUCGAAGAAUUGUCAAAAUUCAUAUUACACAUUUGUCGUCAAGAAUUUGAUUGUGCAAUAAUAUUUUUGUUUAUUACGUUGUUUUUAACAAGUUACAUUUAAAAUUGUUAAUUGCAUCACUUUAAAGCUCGUCUCAGAUUUGUAAUUCACGCCAGAAUUCUAAAUAAAAUCUACUUAUAAUUUUACGUGACGGAAAAUUGAAAAUUGAAAAAUUGGAAAAUUAAAAUA